AUGGGAACCACCGAGCAAAAACAGAGAAAUAUCCUUGUACCAGUUCAAGGUGAGUGGGCGAACCUGGCUGCUGGUAAGGAUAAGAUAAGAAAUGACAAGCAUGCCACUUCGAAGGCUGUGAACGCAAAGAAUCCCAGCUCAUCACGAAGUAGCACCCCGACUGGUGCCACUACAACUCCUAAUACCAACACUCAAACAGCAAAAGUCGAUCAUUUCAACCGAUCUGAAAUCCUUUCAGUGGUCAGAGCUUCAUACAAAUCAUUUGUCGACAAGGCUAACCAGCAAUCAUUAAAAACAGUCGGUUUUUACCGGCCGUCCAAAGAUUCAAACACAUGGAACGUUCACAACAAAUCAUCAUCAAAGAAGACGGCGAAUAAAAACAGGGACUCGAGGCAUAGACAGACAGCUGCCAAGCAAAGCUAG